AUGCCCUCCUCCUCAUCCUGCAACGCCUCGAGCUUCCCCAAUCACUUGUCUUUGCAUCAGUUUGCACAACAAUGGAGGGCUGCCGCCAUGACCGCCGGUGUUCCUCGUUCUUGCACACCAUUGAUCUUGUCUUGGGCCCACCUUCAGGAAAGGCUGGCGCAGGCAGAGUGCCCCUCAGCUGUGACCUGCAACUUGUACCACCUUCUCGACGGUAACAAGGCCUACGGUGUUAGUUUUCCACGCGGCUGCUUUACUGCGUGCUGUGGAGCCUCUCAUGGAUGGCUUGUUUUGGUAAACGAACUCUCCAAUCUUGUGCUUUACAACCCCUUCACCACGCGCAUUAUCCCUCUGCCACCAAUCACGGAUUUCUCAUGCGUGGAAGCAGUCUACCGUAGCGGAGGGAGCUUGGAAGGUUACCAUCUUGGAACGGGUGGAAGAGUCUUUGGUUCAAAUGAACUAGGAACAUUGUUUUACCAGAAGGCAGUGUUGUCUUGCAGUCCAUCCAAAGGUGGUGACUACAUCGUGAUGAUCAUCCAUCAUGAUAGUGAUUGGCUUUCUUUUGUUAAGGCAGGUCAGAGAAAUUGGCAAGUGGCUUCAACUUUAGUUGUAAGCGAGAAAGACAGAUAUGCAGACUGUGCAUACCAUGGUGGGAGGUUCUACACAGUUACAUUCCUUGGAAUGGUGGAGAAAUGGGAUAUCAACGGAUCGAAUGGACCAACAAGGGAGGUGGUGGUUGGUUGCCACAAGGCGCCAUGUAGGACUGAUCCUUACUAG